UCUCGAUAGUAGUAAGGAACCAAGAUUGCAGACAUGAAAGGAAUCGCAGACAUCCAAGUCCGCAUUAUGAAAGACAGGCUCAGCACCCAAUGGUGUGUCACAACCAUGUAGCUAGCAGACCAACGUGGCACUCUUAGAAAGGGGAACAGAGUGCUGUAGUUGCCGUGAAAAGCCAUGGAACCUGUAGAAAACGCCCACACCCCAUUUCCUAAUGGUGCCCAACACUAGGACUGCUGUCACAGAUGAAAAAGAUGAAGGAAAUAUGUGGGGCAGGAAACCUGCAGAGUCUGAAUGGUAUAACAGGUUCAAUGAACCCACAGAGACACUUCGUGGAACUUCACAUGGAAAGUUUCCUUCACCUCGGUGGUCUGCGCACUGCACUCUACAAUUACCUUUUUGCCAAGAAACAUGGAGGAAAUUUUAUUCUGCGCCUUGAAGACACAGACAGGAGCCGAUUGGUUCCAGGAGCGGCAGACGGUAUAGAAGACAUGUUGGAGUGGGCCGGGAUCCCACCUGACGAGAGUCCUCGGCGAGGAGGUCUGUUUGGACCCUAUGAACAGUCACAACGUCUGAGUUUGUAUCAUGAGGCGGUUCAGGCUUUGCUGGAAAGCGGAUCAGCGUACCGUUGUUUUUGUACUCCGCAGAGGCUGGAACUGAUCAAAAAAGAAGCCCUGAGGAGGAGACAGACCCCUCGUUAUGACAACCGCUGCAGACAUCUUACCUCAGCUCAAGUGCAGGAAAAACUGGCACAGAAUUUGCCUUUUGUAGUGCGGUUCCAGUUACCAAGUGGCGCUCAUUCCUUCCAGGACUUAGUUUUUGGCUGGACGCAUCAUGAUGUGGCAAGUGUGGAAGGAGACCCAGUGAUCCUGAAGGGGGAUGGCUUUCCCACUUACCACUUGGCAAAUGUGGUGGAUGACUAUAAAAUGGCUGUGAGUCAUGUCCUGAGGGGUGAAGAGUGGCUGAUCUCUACCACCAAACAUCUACUCCUGUACCGUGCCUUGGGCUGGCGGCCUCCAGCGUAUGCCCACCUCCCACUCCUGCUCAACAAAGAUGGCAGCAAACUGUCAAAACGACAGGGGGAUAUAUUUAUCCAACACUUUGUCCAGAGAGGAUACCUGCCUGACGCCAUGCUGGACAUUAUUACUAACUGCGGAUCUGGAUUCACUGGAAAUCAGAUCGGACGGACUCUCCCUGAACUAAUUGAGCAAUACAACCUGCAAAGCGUCAGCACUCACUCUGCUCUCCUGGAUCUGGAUAAACUUCCAGAAUUCAGCAGGGUUCACCUCAGCAGGUGGAUUGAGGGAGCAGACAUGCGGGCACAGUUGGUGGCACGUCUGCAAACACUACUGCGAGAGAAGUACAAGGAUGCGACGUUUGAUAGAGAGUAUAUUGAGAGGAUACUUGUGCUGAGGAAGGGACAUUUGAUCUUGCUGACAGAUCUGCUGUCUCCAGAUUACUCGUAUCUGUGGGUCCGGCCCUCGGUGCAACAGGAAGAUCUGCAUCGCCUGUCAAGUGAAGCAAGCGAAAUCGGGAGCCUUGUUGUGCAGAUUCUUCAUAAAAGCCGCCAUGACACCAGCCUGGAGCUGCUAAGUAGAGAACUGAAGAGCCACCUGCAGCAGCUAAAAGCUACAAAAUACAGCACAUCUAUGCAGCUUCUCCGCCUGGUGCUCAGUGGGAUCAAGAAGGGGCCGAGUGUGGCGGAGAUGAUGUUGUCAUUAGGAGUUGAGGAGUCCAUUAUACGUGUGCAGAAGGCUCUGUGCAGCUGACACCCUCCAUCCUGUAUACAAUGUAUUGAAUUAUUCCACAACAUGUAGACCCGCAACCCCUCGAGCAUCACAGACCAGUGACCAGAACAGUUUGUACAUAUGGGACUUUUUUAUUUGACUGUUAUUGUUUUUGUAAAAAUACAAAUAUAAGCACU